CAUCUCCAGAGGGCCACGAAGAUGACGCUCGCGCGCUCUCGACUCUUCUCGUGCCAUUUGAGGCGCGCUCCGGCGACUCCGAAGCGCUUCCCCGCAGCAGGAGUGAGCAUCUGCAGUGCUGGAGCCGUUCAUCAGCAGACCCGGAGCGUCUCCGUGAGCUCGGUCAGUCUGUGAUGGAGGAGGCGUCCCGGUAGGUCCGGUCCAGCAGUAGACUGAUGUGGCGUCUCGUCAGGACCUCGAGCUCCAUGAUGAAAGUCCUCCUCGUGCUCACGGUCUUGUUAGGAGAAGGAUUUGGCGGAUCUCCGAGCAUCCAGAUCGGUGGUUUAUUUCCAAGGGGGGCAGAUCAAGAGUACAGCGCAUUCAGAGUUGGCAUGCUUCGGUUUGGGAUGGCAGAUUUCAGACUGACUCCACAUAUAGACAACCUGGAGGUGGCCAACAGCUUUGCUGUUACUAAUUGUUUUUGUUCCCAGUUCUCUCGAGGGGUCUACGCUAUUUUUGGGUUCUACGACAAAAAGUCGGUCAACACCAUCACAUCCUUUUGCGAGACACUUCAUGUCUCCUUCAUCACGCCGUCUUUCCCAGUGGAGGGAAUGAAUCAGUUUGUUCUUCAAAUGAGGCCAGACAUCAAGGGACCUCUGGUCUCACUGGUGGAGUACUACAAGUGGGAAAAGUUUGCCUAUCUCUAUGACAGCGACAGAGGUCUGUCAACUCUUCAGGUGGUUCUCGACACAGCAGCAGAAAAAAAUUGGGUCGUAACGGCGAUAAAUGUUGGAGACCUAAAGGAUGAGCGAAAGGAUGAAGCCUACCGCUCCCUGUUCCAGGACCUCGAAAUCCGUAAGGAGCGGCGCAUCGUCCUGGACUGUGAACAGGACAAAGUCAAAGACAUAUUGGAACAGGUGAUCACUAUAGGCAAGCAUGUGAAGGGCUACCACUACAUCAUUGCAAACUUGGGUUUUGUGGAUGGUGACCUCUCUAAAAUCCAGUAUGGAGGCGCAAAUGUGUCUGGAUUUCAGCUGGUAGACUUUGAAGAUCCUAUGGUGGCGAAGUUUGAUCAAGAAUGGGAGGCUUUUGGAGAAAAAGAAUAUCCGGGAACGGAUGCACGGAUCAGAUACACCUCAGCUCUCACUUUUGAUGCAGUUCGUGUGAUGACUGAGGCUUUCCUUUUCCUGCACAAGCAAAGAAUAGACAUGAGUCGCCGUGGCAACAGUGGUGACUGCCUUGCAAAUCCUGCUGUACCUUGGGUGCAGGGGGUAGAGAUCGAGCGUGCGCUCAAACAGGUUCGUGUAAAUGGUUUAACUGGAAACAUUCAGUUUGACCAGUAUGGCAAGAGGAUCAACUAUUCAGUGACAAUCAUGGAGCUAAAGAACAACGGACCUGUUAAGAUUGGCUUUUGGAACGAAGUGGAUAAAAUGGUGGCCACAAAGUCCGACCUUUACCCCAAUGACACCAUGGGAAUGGAAAACAAGACUGUCAUAGUGACGACUAUACUGGAAGCUCCGUACGUCAUGCUAAAGAAGAACGCUGAACUGUUCCAAGAUAAUGAUCGAUAUGAAGGUUACUGUGUGGACCUGGCUGCAGAGAUUGCAAAGCAUUGUGGGAUACGCUACCAACUAAAGAUAGUUGGAGAUGGUAAAUAUGGAGCAAGAGAUGCUGAGACCAUCUGGAAUGGUAUGGUGGGAGAACUGGUGUAUGGGAAAGCAGACAUUGCCGUUGCUCCACUGACUAUUACACUUGUACGUGAAGAGGUGAUUGAUUUCUCCAAACCCUUCAUGUCUCUGGGAAUCUCUAUCAUGAUCAAAAAGCCUCAGAAAUCCAAACCGGGAGUCUUCUCCUUUCUGGACCCACUGGCCUAUGAGAUCUGGAUGUGCAUCGUCUUCGCUUACAUAGGAGUCAGCGUCGUACUCUUUCUGGUGUCGAGGUUCAGUCCGUAUGAGUGGACUCUGGAGGAGCCAGAGGAUGGAGCUCUGCCGCUAACAACAGAGUCCAUCAACGAGUUUGGGAUCUUUAAUUCUCUCUGGUUUUCUCUGGGUGCUUUCAUGCGCCAGGGAUGUGACAUCUCACCAAGGUCUCUCUCAGGUCGUAUAGUUGGAGGGGUGUGGUGGUUUUUCACACUCAUCAUCAUCUCAUCAUAUACUGCCAACCUGGCUGCCUUUCUGACGGUAGAAAGAAUGGUUUCUCCCAUUGAGAGUGCAGAGGACCUGGCUAAACAGACAGAGAUAGCGUAUGGGACUCUAGACUCUGGAUCCACCAAAGAAUUUUUCCGGCGCUCUAAAAUUGCCCUGUUUGACAAGAUGUGGCAGUACAUGAAAUCAGCAGAGCCUUCGGUCUUUGUCAAAAAAACCUCAGAGGGCGUGCAACGUGUCAGGAAGUCCAAAGGAAAGUACGCCUACCUGCUGGAGUCCACCAUGAACGAGUACAUCGAGCAGAGAAAACCCUGUGACACCAUGAAAGUCGGAGGAAACCUGGAUUCCAAAGGCUAUGGGAUUGCCACCCCUAAAGGAUCCCCAUUAAGAAAUGCCGUGAACCUGGCGGUGUUAAAGUUGAACGAGCAGGGGCUGCUGGACAAACUGAAAAACAAGUGGUGGUAUGACAAGGGAGAAUGCGGCAGCGGAGGAGGAGAGAGCAAGGAGAAAACCAGUGCUCUCUCUCUGAGUAAUGUAGCAGGAGUCUUCUACAUCCUGGUUGGCGGUCUGGGACUGGCCAUGAUGGUGGCGUUGGUCGAGUUCUGCUACAAAAGUCGUGCUGAAGCCAAAAAAAUGAAGAUGAAAUUCACAGAUGCGAUGCGUUCCAAAGCUCGACUGUCCAUCACUGGGUCAACCAGUGAGAAUGGUCGUGUUCCAGUGGCUUAUCUUCGCCCAGGACUACCAAUGAGCCUCAGUAUGACUGAUCUCUCAUGACCACGCCCAAGUCUGUGCCUUACAGCCAAUCGAAACACACGGAUCCUUCUCUGAAGUGGACAGAAGUGCUUGCCCUCUUCAUAAUGACAAAUCUCCAGUCAUGAUGGAUUCUCAGUCCUGAUUUUCAUUCAGGCGUUUAGCAUCGAACACUCAGAACUCUCCCAACCCUUCUUUUUAUCAUCUGAUGUUGAGAAACUAGAGAUGCUCCCACUGUUCGGCUGCAAGGAGUUGGGAAUGACUUGUGCAAUCCGACGUGAGUCACAAGACCACCAGAGAGCGACGUUCGUUCCACACAUCCACGACAAACAAUCAAGCACACUUGGACAGUUUUUUAAAGAAAAUAUGAAUUAUUUUGUAGACUGUUUUUUGUUUUCUUUCGCCACGAAGGCUCCUCUUGUACAGAAAACCAGAACAGUGUUGCCAAUGUUCACGCAAUAAUUACAUUAAUCAGGGACGGGGCCCAGAAAAAGUAGAGUCUAGUUUUAAACGGUUUAUCAAGAGGUGGUGUCCUGAAUAUUUACUGAAAUUAUUAAUAUUGUAAACGCUGAAAAUGUUACUGUAUCUAUUUGUACUUAUCCAUUCUGCCUGAAAAUCCCUUAUUAAUGGCAUUCACCCAGAGAAGCAUGGAUACACACACACACACACACACACACACACGUUUCAUAAAGUUGUCACUAUAACUAAAUCCUUUAGUAGAAGCAUCAGGACUGACGGCAGAAAACCACCUGCUGAGUUUAAACCAUCACAGCCCAAAACAGCCGCAGUACUUCCUCACAGUUCUGGUUUACUAAGGUACUUUGUACGUGGAGUAUUUGGUACUCCUGUAACUUCACCAGCUUUAACAUCUACGACUGAGGCACUCCCUCAGAAUAACAAACACAAGCUGGAUUAUGUGGAACUCCAGGUUCAGGUUACCUGUGGUCACCUCGUCACCAUGGAGACUGUUGGGUACUGGCUGUGCUAGGGUCAUACGGACCUGGGUCAGAGGUUUCCGAGUGGGUUUGACCCGCCCUCAUGUUGGCUAAUACCCAGUCACCCAGUUGAAAGUCGGUAAAACGGAGACAAACUCCCUGUUACGACAUUCCUCCGUUCAGGAAAGGCUCGGCUCUCGAGGAUUUAGAGGAUUAAACGUAAUAAUGUGUGUUAGGAGGGGAAGCAGAACGGUGAAACUGUGACAGAUGAGUCCUCGUGGACACAGCCCAGCGCUGAACUCAUUCAGAUGUGAGUAAAUACUUGGAGGUGUGAGGCCAGCUUCCCUCCCCUUUCCUACAUCAGCACACACACACACACACACACACACACACACAUAUCAUGGGAGUUCUGAUGCCAAACAUAGUGAUCGGUGCUCGGCCGACAGCAGCUGCUGAUCCUGAGAUCUGAGCCAGGUGUGGCGGAGCCGCCACGUUAGUGCCAAGCAGGACGACGACAGGACGAAGAAGACGUUUGCAUGUCAAUUUCAAUCUGUUUUUGUUUUGAUCGACUUGUCCGCCUGAAUCCUCGUGAUUGGCUGCAUACUUAUGGUGUUACUUUAUGAAAGCAGUUAGAAAAUAUAAAUAAUAUUGAUUACAAUGAUAAUAAUGUUGUUCAUGUAAUGUACAGUGUUUACUGCAAGAACCUGAGUCUGCUGUUUUAUUUCUGCAACAAACUUAUUUGUUAGGAUUGUUUCAAGCUAACAGCUCCUACAAAAUAAAAGUCUGAUGCCAUCGGCACGAGUUAAAGAGUUCUACUGAGCUCGUGUCACGUUUGCCACAUUUCUAUGGUUCCUUCUGCUUUAUCCUCCUUUUGUAUUAAACUUACCUGUUUUGAAAGGAAAUGUCGGAACUUAAUUUUCAACAAUGCAAGUCUUAGCUGGGGUUAGAGUGAGACUGCGAGUUCAUUUCUCUCUUGAUGGGAAGUUCGGAUUAAGAUGUUCUCUGACAGGAAUGUUGGGAAUCUUGUUCAGCGAGCUACGCCUACAUGAAGCUGGUUCCACCAAACCCUGGAUUUAUUAUGGGAUGGAAAGUCGAGACUUUUUGAACAAAGGAGCGUCAGAACAUGUUUGAAAACUGCGGUGCAGGAGCCAGGGUCGCCGGGGUCACCGUCAUCCCUGCUUCCAACUCAGACAACAAACUGUUGUGGUUCCCGGUGAUGGAGGUGGUGGUUGGAGUCACCGCGGUGUUCCCUGCCCCCACCCCCGAGGAACGGAGACGUGUUGAAAAGUUCUGUUGCUUAAUGACUUUCUAUUCUUUAUAUGAAUAUGCAAAUGUCACCAUGAGCUGAUUCCACUGUACCGACAUAGAAACAGUGUGUCCAUAGUUGGUUGUUCUCUAUUUUCAGUAAACAUUGAACAUGCAUGCUCUCCA